UGGCGACCAUUGAAGUUUACGGACUACUUCGGUGGCGAGAUUGAGAAGGAACGUCUGCGCGAUCCAGGAGAAGGUUGGAAAUACGAAGGCAAAUGGGUGCCGGAUAAACACCACAACUAUGGUGACAAAAGCGGAUGGGUUUAUUCGAUUUCGGAAGUAUUCUGGGGAGAACCGGGCACGGUGGACAUUGAACAAAGGCCUGACCACAAAUACCGCCGAAGGUGCAUCAAAAGAACGCGUAAAGCGAUCGACUUCCAAAAUCAGAACUUUGACGCAUACCAGGAGUCAUUGGGCGAUACCAAGGGCCAAGAGAGUGGUGGUACCAUUCCGGUGCAAUGUUUGAUAGAGCUGAAGGCCGAGCGAGGGCAACUUCAUGAGGUGAGCGCGCCUGUCAACCCACUGAAGCAGGCUUACCUCACCGAACGAAGCGCGUGUGCUGAGCUCGAUCAGCUGAAGGAAUCGCGUGCUUGCUACAUCAGUACGGACAGCGACGGGGAAAGAGGGCCUUCCCGCUUCGAGGCCAUAAACGGAUUCGGCAGAUCAGGCGUGUCCCACAACGACUUCCUAAGUCAAUGCCUCUCCCACUCAUCGUACGACAGGUCAAUUGACAGAGGAAUCGUAGUUGUUCCCAAAAAAGUUAAUGGACCUAUUCAAGUUAUGGGUGGCUAUGCUAGAAAAUCAUGGCGAAAGCGCUAG